AUGGCUAACGCCAUCCCAGAGCGCGUGGACACCGACACGGACUCACCGAAUGAGAACAAACCGGAGAAUCACACUCGCUCCCUGAGCUCGCCACCUUCACCGCAGACCACGUGCACACAUCAGGUAAUUUCCGGUGUGUGUGUGUGUUUAAUUGUUAAAAACAUAAAAAUGAUGCACUUCCAUUUAUUUUUAAAUUGUGGGUGAUCACGAUUUAUGUAUGCACCGUAAUUGCAUGAUUUUCUCUCCUUAAGUGAUAUGGAAAUUUUUUUAUUGAAAAUAAUGUCAUUAUUAGGCUAAUAAUCUACGGUAGUGUAGCAUAUCGGAUAUACAUUAUUUUUUCCCCUGAAUAAUAUAGGCCUAGGCCACUAAUUUAGACGAUUAGCUAAUUUCCCCAAUAUAAUAACUAAAGUCAGCUAAGUAGGACUCCAUGUCAUGUCAAAGCAGAAACAAACAAUCAGUUUUAGGAAUGCAGGAGCUGAAUAUGACCUAGAUUUGGUUUCUAAACUGUCGGUUGGUUACCUAGAACAUGCCCAGAGCAACACUGACUGACUGACUGACUGCUUCUCUCUGGUCAAAUCUGUGUCAAACUGCGUUAGUGAAAAUAUCGUGCUUGAGUGAUACAUUUGAAACCUUCAGUAGCCUGUUAAACAGUGUAGGCCUAUGCAGCAUCUAAUAAAUAGGCUUACAAUAGUUAUUGUUAUUAAUGUAAAGUAUUGUCAUUUUAAUCAACCUGUUCCAAUAAUACGACCUAGUUUCAUUAAGAUCAAAUACAAUAUAAAUGGCCAGGCUGUAUUGGCCUACAUAUUUUUUUGUUUGUAUUUAUUUAUUGUUUUUACAAUGUUCAAAGAACAAGUUUGUGUAGGCCUAUCGGUAGGAUAUUCAUGGCGGAGGGAGUGGGUCUUUGGUUUAAUUGUUUAAUAUAUUUAUUAUCUCCUCUGUUCUCUCUAUUUUCAGGGGAUGGAUGGAAUAAAAGUCUACACGCAAGAGCGGGAGCUGUGGGAUAAAUUCCACGAGGUCGGAACGGAGAUGAUCAUCACUAAGGCGGGAAGGUAAAAUAGCCUAUGUUGAACUCUUCAUUUUUAUCUUCAAACAUCAAAAAGUAAAUGUAGCAUAUUCUUUGCUGAAUGUAUUUUUGCAUUAGGUGAGAAUGAAAAAUCGUGUCCCUAUAAACUUGCAAACACGUUUUUUCUCUCUCUUUUUACGUUGGCUUAGGCUAUAUAUAUAUAUAUAUUUUAACUUCCGUUAAUUACCAAGGAGCAUUUAGGAAAAUAUAAAAACUCAUCUACUAGACCUAUAGACCUGUUAAAUCUUAAAAUAUUUAGUCACAUUUUUGUGAUGAAUGUUUGUAGCCUGACAUUUUUAUUUAGCCUACAAUUAUCACAAGUAUGUUUUGUUUAGGUUUUUGCUCACAACUGCAACAAUGGUUGCUAUGCCUCAGUGAUAGGCCUAAUGAUAUUCCAUUUUUUUGCUAUGUUCCUUACUGUCUGUGGGGUUCCUUUCUCGCCAGGCGGAUGUUCCCCUGCUACAAGGUGAAGGUGACGGGCCUCAACCCUAAAAGCAAGUACAUCCUCCUCAUGGAUAUCGUGCCAGCAGAUGAGCACCGCUACAAGUUCGCUGAUAAUAAAUGGCAAGCUUCAUAUCACAUCUUUGCAUAUUUAAAUAGCCUGUGGUAUGUGAUGUGAAUUGUUUGUUUUAAAUGUAAUGUGAUGUUUUUUUUUUAAUGUAGGGAUACAUUAUUGUUAUAGUGUUGACCUGCUAAUGCCUUGGCUUAAAGGAGGGUAUGUCACAAGGCAGAUACACAGCUACCUUAGAUUCUGAAAUAAAUACUUGAAAUGGGCAUAGUAGCCUACAAUUGACUCAACACACUCAAUAACCCAUAGUCAGGUUUCAAGCUUCAAAGUAUCAGAAAACCAAGAGCUAGACUUAUACCAAUAAGACUAUGCUGAUAAGAAUUACAUUUACAUUUGAUGUUUUAGUCAUUUAGCAGAUGCUCUUAUCCAGAGCGAUUUACAGGAGCAAUUAGGAUUAAGUGCCUUGCUCAAGGGAACAUCGACAGAUUUCACCUAGUCAGCUCUGGGAUUCAAACCAGCAACCUUUCGCUUACUGGCCCAUCGUUCUUAACCGCUAGGCUACCUGCCGCCCAUGAUACAAUGCUAUAUACUGUAUUUUAACAACAUCAUAGAGAGAGAAACAUAACGCAGAGCAGAGCCGUGGAUGUAUAGCCCUACUAAAACGCUGCAGUCAUGUCCCAGUCCUACCCCGUGCCCUGUGCCCUGUGGCCUAGUUCCCUGUGUGUGCCUGCUGGCUGCGCGCCCCACCCCUUGUCCCUGACCGCCGGUUCAGUCUCAGCACCAUGGGUUCAUAUGGCGGGCAGAUUAAAUGCCGGGUCUCACUGAGGUCCGCACCAGCACGAGGCUGCAGGGGAGCUCUAAACCCUCUUGUGCUGCGUGAGUCUGUCAUCCUCUCCCUGGUCAUGUGAUGAUGCCCUGUGGCACCCUAAAGGACGAUUCAUUCAGCUGAUCCCACUGGCCCAAUGGGAGGCAGAUGGCCCAUUUUCAGUGAUGUUUAGGACAAGGAACUAUGUUAAUGUUUAAUGUGAACACUGUUUUGUGUGGGUAGAUCUCUAAGGGAGGUUAUUUGUUUGUAAAUAUCAGCGGUGCUCCGUCAGUUCCCUGUCCUAUUGUAUUUAAUAUGAACCAGAACAUUUUGCCUGUUUUGAAAUAGAUCAGAUUAGUUUAUUGUCCUACAAGGACAAUUGUUUUUGGAAACAUGUUUCAUGCUCACAUAGCUGUGAUUUGCCUGUACGUCAUCCAUCGCUCUCAUUAACACCUGUAUUGGUAUUAACAUAUCCUGAUGUAACUGAUGGGGGCCAACUGUGUCUCUCUUCAUACUGAAAGCAGUUUAAAUGUGAGGAGGAUGUUGGUCUAAUAAAAAUAAUAUAUAAUAAUAGAUACAGCCAGCCAUUGUGGCAUGUCAGAUCUGUGUGUUUCCUGUCCCAGUGUGACAGUAGAGGACCAGUAUAAAGCAUGGCCGGGUCAGACCGUGUGAGAGAGAGAGAGAGAGAGACACACAGUACAAGGGGUGGCAGAAAAGGGCAGGGCUGGGUCAAACCAAGGCCAUCUGACACUCACAUCAGCGUCCAAUUGUGAUUGAUAUUUGGUUGAGUUGUCAACGUGUGAAUUCAGUGUGCGUGUGUGUGUGUCAGGUCUGUUUCGGGGAAGGCGGAGCCGGCCAUGCCAGGGAGGUUGUACGUCCACCCUGACUCUCCGGCUACUGGAAGCCACUGGACACGCCAGCUUGUCUCCUUCCAGAAACUCAAACUCACUAACAACCACCUGGACCCCUUUGGACACGUCAGUCCUUUACCUCUCUCUACCUAUGUGUGUGUGUGUGAGUGUGUGUGUGUGUGUAUGUGAGGAUGGAUAUCGCUGCUGUCUGCUGUGGCACUGCAAAAAUAGUGGUAACCACAAUUAUGAUGUUAAUGACGUUAAGGGCCAUUAGCUCAUGCCUCAUACCCAUGCCUGGUGGGACCGUCACAUCAAUUAGGAUUAGGCCUCUCAAAUAAUACACACACACACACACACACACACACACACACACACACACACACACACACACACACACACACACACACACACACACACACACACACACACACAGACACUAGAGAGGGAGCACAGUCACUGACACAACAAAGAUACACACAGUACAUUGGUACAUAAAGAGACAGAUAAGGAAAAUAACAAUUUAGCAUGGGUCCAGAGUAGACAGAAGGGCAAUUUUGUAGAUAGGCCUAUUGAAUAUCAUUCUACAAGUGGGAUGGUGCUAGAGCAUUCAAUGUUUUACUGUUUACUGUAUGUCUCUGUUUUUGCUGUAUUGCAGAUCAUAUUAAACUCAAUGCAUAAAUACCAACCCCGCCUCCACAUCGUCAAAGCAGAUGAACACAAUGGGUUUGGUUCCAAGAACACCGCCUUCUGCACGCACAUGUUCUCAGAGACCGCCUUCAUCGCCGUGACAUCAUACCAGAACCACAAGGUACUGAAACACAGAACACAAAGUAAUUAUUAUUUAUUUUCCUUCAAAAAGUCACAUUUUUGUUCAUCUUAUUUUAUCAGAUAUUUCUGGAUUAUUUUGUCAUAGAUUAAAUAAAAUAAUCCAGGUCCUGUUGUGCAGAUUAUUUAAAUGAGUUGCCAAAGCAGGCCAGAGUUGUCUUAUGGGUAUAUAUGUUUAGCCAUGUGAAUCAGUGCAUUAUUCCCCAGGGUCACUGUUCUCAAUUCAACAUGUUCAGUUCUGACCUGUUCCUUUCUUUGAUCAUAUCUGUUAUGGUUCCAGCACCAGAGAGCAAUCCCUCUCACACACAUAGUUCUUCCCCCCCCCCCCCCCCCCCCCCCCCCCCCCCCCCCUCUCUCUCUCUAUCUCUCUCUCAAUUCAGUUUAAGGGGCUUUAUUGGCAUGGGAAACAUAUGUUUACAUUGCUAAAGCAAGUGAAAUAGAUAAUAAACAAAUGGGAAAUAAACAAUACAAAAUUAACAGUAAACCUUACACUCACAAAAGUUCCAAAAUAAUAAAGAAAUUGCAAGUGUCCUAUUAUGUCUAUAUACAGUGUUGUAAUGAUGUGCAAAUAUUUAAAGUAAAAAAGGGAAAAUAAAUAAACAUAAAUAUAGGUUGUAUUUACAAUGGUGUUUGUUCUUCACUGGUUGCCCUUUUCUUGUGGCAACAGGUCACAAAUCUUGCUGCUGUGAUGGCACACUGUGGUAUUUCACCCUAUAGGUAUGGGAGUUUAUCAACAUUUGAUUUGUUUUAAAAUUCUUUGCGGGUCUGUGUAAUCUGAGGGAAAUAUGUGUCUCUAAUAUGGUCAUACAUUUGGCAGGAAGUUAGGAAGUGCAGCUCAGUUUCCACCUCAUUUUGUGGGCAGUGUGCACAUAGCCUGUCUUCUCUUGAGAGCCAGGUCUGCCAGGUCUGCCUCAAUAGCAAGGCUAUGCUAUGAGUCUGUAUAUAGUCAAAGAUUUCCUUAAUUUUGGGUCAGUCACAGUGGUCAGGUAUUCUGCCACUGUGUACUCUCUGUUUAGGGCCAAAUAGCAUUCUAGUUUGCUCUGUUUUUUUUGUCAAAUUUUUCCAAUGUGUCAAGUAAUUAUCUUGUAGUUUUCUCAUGAUUUGGUUGGGUCUAAUUGUGUUGCUGUCCUGGGGCUCUGUGGGGUCUGUUUGUGUUUGUGAACAGAGCACCAGGACCAGGUUGCUUAGGGGGCUCUUCUCCAGGUUCAUUUCUCUGUAGGUGAUGGCUUUGUUAUGGAAGGUUUGGGAAUCGCUUCAAUUUUGGUGGUUGUAGAAUUUAACGUCUCUUUUCUGGAUUUUGAUCAUUAGCAGGUAUCGGCCUAAUUCUGCUCUGCAUGCAUUAUUUGGUGUUUUACAUUGUACACAGAGGAUAUUUUUGCAUCUCUCUCUCUCUCUCGCUCUCACACUCACACACACACACACACACACACACACACACACACACACACACACACACACACACACACACACACACACACACACACACACACACACACACACACACACACACACACACACACACACACACACACACACAAAGACAUUAAAUACAAAUUCAAUGUAUGCGUUUAAUUUCAACAUUUCUGCAAUACAACAUUAAUUAUAGCUCCAUAGUGAAAGCCCACGUGUACUGUGAUAAACACAUCCCCGUGCCUAAGAAGAAAAACACAAACCAACCCCACCGUGACAUUGACAGUGAAAAUAAAUAUUUUUCAAUCCAAAUGUUCCAAGAACCAGUAUAUUUGGCUUGAUGUAUUUAGGGAAACAGUUUACACUGGGAUCUUCUGCUGGUAAAAAAAUGUAUUAUGUCAGAACAUGCACUCUUAGAAAAAAGGGUUCCAAAAGGGUUCUUCAGCUGUCCCCAUAGGAGUACACUUUCUGGUUCCAGGUAGAAACCUUUUGGGUUCCAGAUAUAACCCUUUUGGGUUCCAUGUAGAACCCUCUGUGGUAAGGGUUCUACAUUGAACCCAAAAGGGUCUUACCAGGAACCACAAAAGGUUAUUCAAAGGGUUCUCCUAUGGGGAUAGCCAAAAAACCGUUUUAGGUUCUAGAUAGCACCUUUUUUUCUAAGAAUGUGGUCAGGUUCUGUGAAAUGUCCAUGUUACGUUCCAGAAUCCCCAAAUCCACCCCUGUUCAGGUCCAGAUUCAACAUUUCUUAUGGAUCAGUAGGAUACAGUAAAACACAGGACUGGGCAGGGUGUUUCGUGAUCUAAGGCAGUAUGUUGUGUCCCUGUCAGAUCACUCAGCUGAAGAUAGAGAACAACCCGUUCGCUAAGGGCUUCAGAGGCAGUGAUGACAUGGAGCUGCACCGCAUGGCUAAGAUACAG